AAACCACGAAACAAAAAUUUUCAUUUCACAAAAGUAAGAGCGAAGACAGACCGCUUUGAGAAGUAAAAGAUGGGCUUUAUCUUUGUAAUUACGCUAAUGCUGGUGUCACUAAGUGGUACAAAUGGCCAAAAUAGCAGCACGGCAACAGAACACAAAGCUAUACAAAGAGAGAAAGUCUCUCCAGGUUUUCAAUUGCGAUUGACGAUGUAAUCCGGCGAUGAGUUAACCAAUGGUGAUGUAUCAGAGUCUACGAGUGCAGCCAGUAUGACGUCGUCUGUCUCCUUGACGCCGUCUCCUAGUGUGACUUCAGAUUCGUCCAUGUCGCCCAGUGCGACACCAACGUCAUCUGCCACGCCGUCUUCCAGUGCGACUUCAUCUGCAGGUUCGUCCAUGUCGCUAAUUGGGACACCAAUGUCAUCUGCCACGCCGUCUUCCAGUGCGACUUCAUUUGCAGAUUCGUCCAUGUCGCCCAGUGCGACACCAACGUCAUCUGCCACGCCGUCUUCCAGUGCGACUUCAUCUGCAGAUUCGUCCAUGUCAGCAAGUGCACCAAUGUCAUCUGCAAAAUCAUCUACGAAUGUGCCAAGUGGUACAUCAUCAGCAACACCGGCCUCCGCUACCUCAGGAGCUUUCAGUUCAACAGUGCAAGCACCUGCAAACGGCUCCUCUGUAGCACCAACCACCCAGACACCCAAGCCUGGUCAAGUACAAUACGCAGCUUUUGAGAUGAGGAUUAUGGGGAUCGACUACAAUCCUAAUCAGGACUGCAAAGAUCAAAUUCCAGGAGUUGUAAAAAAGAUAGAGGAAAAAGGCAAGGUGACAGACCUCAAGUGCAAAAAUGGAAGCAUCAUUGCGGAGUUCACCGUUGAGGUAAACAGCACAGGCAACCCAAAUGCCGCCCAAGAAUUCCUUGAGACGCUCUACAAGGAGAUCCAGUCGGGAACGUUUGGGAAUUUGACGGUGGAUGAGAAGCACCCGAUGGGAGCCAAAAUAACGAAAACGGAAAUAAUUGGGGAUCCUACUGCUAAACCGAAACCUAAGGAUGAAGCUUCAACCAGCUUUGAAGGAAUGGCGUUGGUAGUGUUGAUCCUGCUCUGCGUGUCUAUUGGCAUUCUACUGUUUGUCAUACUUGCGGCGUGUGUGUGCUUUCUCCGCAUCAAACGAAGAAUGGAGCUGAAAGAACCGUAGAGGGUCGAUUCGCCUAAAAAAGCGGGUCGCGUUUCAGCAACUGCGAUAGACAAUAAGAUUACACGAUUGAAGUAUACAGGUCAUAGUAAAGUAGAUUACAGCAAGUUAACGCCCAGUACGCAGACCAAUAAGGUAGCUGACAGCGGUCCCAGUAAGGUAGUUGACAAUAAAUAUAGUAGGCAGACCCAGUAAUAUAGUUAACAGUAAGCCUUGCAGUACAGACCCUGUAAGGUAGUUGACAGUAAGCCUUGCAGUACAGACCCUGUAAGGUAGUUGACAGUAAGUCUAGCAGUGCAGACCCUGUAAGGUAGUUGACAGUAAGCCUUGCAGUACAGACGAUGUAAGGUAGUUGACAACAAGUCUAGCAGUACAGACCCUGUAAGGUUGUUGACAGUAAACCUUGCAGUACAGAACCUGUAAGGUUGUUGACAGUAAGCCUAGCAGUACAGACCCUGUAAGGUAGUUGACAGUAAGCCUAGCAGUACAGACCCUGUAAGGUAGUUGACAGUAAGCCUAGCAGUACAGACCCUGUAAGGUAGUUGACGGUAAGCCUUGCAGUACAGACGAUGUAAGGUAGUUGACAGUAAGCCUUGUAGUACAGGUAGUUGUCAAAAAGUCUAUAAAAUGCAGGCAUCAGUGAGGCUUCAAGAAGCGAGAAAAGAGUGGUAGAGUCAAAUGCGCAGUAGAGACCGUUUUCAGGUAGAACACUUAGCUAGUAAAAGAUGAGAGCCAUCAUAAGAAGACAUUUACAUGAGUGUUACAGCAUUCACCUAAAUAGAGAUACAAAUUAUGUAUUGCAAAGAACAAAAUUCUACGGACGUAUAGCAGCUAAUUGGAUCACAAUAAAAGAUAUCUUUGACACCAA